UUAAAUAAAUAAAAAACUCAGAACUCUGAAACAAAUAUGUAUGUAUGACAAAGGGCAAAACAAAAAGUAAUACUCCCAAACAAUGGCGCCACCCGAAACUCCGACGCUCCACCCCAACAGCGGCGGUUUCUCUUCCCAAACCAUGAUUUUCCACAGCCUCCGCCCCACCGUUUCCCUCCCUCCUCCAACCGCAUCCAUUUCCGUCGCCGGCUACGUUUUCACCCUCCUCCGCCACCACUCCCCCACCCCCUCCUUCCUCGUCGACGCCGCCACGCGCCGCCGCAUCCAGAUCUCCGACCUCCCCGACCUCGUCCGAACCCUCUCCCAAAACCUCCGCCGGAAAUUCAACCUAUCGAAGAACGACGUCGCUUUCGUCAUCUCCCCGAACUCGAUCCACAUCCCCGUACUCUACCUCUCUCUCCUCUCCCUCGGCGUCGUCGUCUCUCCUUCAAACCCCCUCAGCACAGCCUCCGACAUUUCCCGCCAAAUCCACGUCAGCAAUCCGGCUAUCGCCUUCGCCACCUCCGACACCGCCUCCAGGCUGCCGGCGCUGCGCGAGGGCACGGUCCUCCUCGAUUCCCCCGAAUUCGAAUCGCUUCUGCUCCAAUUCCAAAACGACGGCGACGGAUUCGCCCGAAUCGAGGUUUUCCAGAACGACGCCGCCGCGAUCCUGUACUCGUCGGGGACGACGGGGAGGGUCAAGGGGGUGGAGCUCACGCACGGGAAUUUCAUCGCCGCCAUCGCCGGAGUGCAUGUGGCCCGUCCGGUUCGGCCGUUUCCUCCGGUGACGUUCUGUGCGGUUCCUUUAUUUCACGUCUACGGCUUCGGGCUGUGCAUUAGGGAGGUUGCCCUAGGUGGGAGCGUGGUGGUGGUGGCGGCGGCGGCUGGGAUGAAUUUAGAGUCCAUUUUCGGAGCUGUUGAGGAGUUCAAGGUGACGCACUUGGCCGUGGCGCCGCCUUCGGUGGUGGCGAUGGCGAAGAGUGCAGCGGCGGAGAAGUACGAUUUGAAGUCCUUAGAGGCGGUGCUGUGCGGCGGCGCUGCACUGGCGAAUUCGGUGAUUGAGAGGUUCAAUCGAAGGUUUUCCGAUGUGUCUAUACUGCAGGCAUAUGGGCUAACAGAAACAACUGGAGGAAUAACUCGAACAAUCGGGCUGAACGAAAGCCGUGUGACAGGUGGCAACGGUCGUCUCAUGUCCAAUUGCCAAGCCAAGAUAGUCGAUCCCGUCACCGGUCGUACCUUGCCGCCUCUCAAGCAUGGCGAACUUUGGAUAAAAGGCCCUUUUGUCAUGAAAGGGUAUGUGGGAGAUAAAGAAGCAACUGAAGCAAUGGUUGAUUCUGAAGGAUGGUUAAGAAGUGGUGAUAUUUGUUAUUUCAACACUGAAGGAUUCUUGUUCUUUGUUGAUAGGAUGAAGGAAUUGAUUAAAUACAAAGGCUACCAGGUUGCUCCAGCAGAGCUGGAAGAUCUUCUGCUAUCGCAUCCAGCCAUUGUCGAUGCAGCGGUGAUCCCGUAUCCCGACGAAAAUGCAGGUCAAGUACCCGCAGCCUUUGUCGUAAGACAACCGGGAAGCAAUGUAACUAAAUCGGAGAUCAUGGAUUUUGUUGCACAACAGGUAAUUAAAAAAUACAAUCGUUCGAAAUUAUAG